AUGGCUACUGAUACUCAAGCAGAUGUGCAAGUAUCAUUGAAAGUUGUGGUGAACAAAGAGACUAACAAAGUAUUAUUUGCCGAAGCUGAAAAAGAUUUCGUAGAUGUGUUAUGUAGUUUUUUAACUUUGCCUUUACGAACCAUUGCCAGACUUGUAGAAAAUGAGUCCACCAUGGGGCCAGUUACAAUAGGUUCUCUGAAUUCACUCUAUCGUAGUGUGGCAGCUCUUGAUAACAACUGUCUGUGGCAGCAGGAAGAUAAGAAAAUAUUAUUGCAUCCUAGGAACAUGGCUGAAGAUUUUUGCAACAGUCUCAAACUUAACAUUGAUGACACUCAGCCCAAAAUAUAUUUUGUCUGCGAGUCUAUUUCAUAUCUUUGUGACUCGAUAUGUUGCACAUCAAACUCUUAUUGUCGGUGUGGCAAACCUAGAAACCAGGAAGCUUCGUUGAAAAGUUCACUCAAAGGAUUUGUCAAUGAUGUUGCGACAUUUGUCAUCACUGAUGAUUUGAUUGUAAUGCCAAAUUCUAUGGAUUAUUCAAGUUUUGCUCAUCUCCAGAAUUCCGGAAUUAAACAUCCGUGUUUAUUGAAGGAAAUUAUAGUGAAUGUCACCAGGAAAAAGGUUCUUCAUCUACAUUUCCUUUUAGAAAAAAAACCAAUCAUUCAGACGCCAACGUUUUUGUCGCGUAGUGCUGAGAACAAUAGCAGCAUCAAAUUCAAGUUGAAGCUUGUUAUAAGAAAAUCAGAUGGAAAAUUUUUGUACGCUCAAGGGGAUAAAGAUUUUGCAGACAUGGUUCUAAGUUUUCUGACAUUUCCUUUGGGAGGAGUUGUGCGUAAGUUGGGAGGAAAUAGCUGUGUGGGCAGCAUUGAUGGAUUAUACAAGAGCGUAUCUGGUAUCGAUGAAAACUUAUAUUUCAUGUCAAAAGCAGCAAAGAACAGGCUUGUUGAUCCUUGCUUGUUCCCGCAGUUAAAAUUAAGCAUCCAGAUUUUACCCAUUCUCGAUUCAUCGGAAUUAAAAUAUUUAGUGUAUCAUCGAUAUAUUGAUUUUGGAAAGAAAUCUUUUGUUCAUUAUUUAAAAGCGGAUGAGAGUGUACCUGCUAAUGCAAGUAAUUCUAAUUUCUUGUCACUUAGUGGUUCUGAAUCACCUGGAAUAAGUGAUAAAGGUAUUGUGAAGGGAUCAAAAAUGUUCUCUGUAACAGAUGAUUUGGUGGUGGCACCGUCAUCUCUUUUUGCAGAUUUAAAUUUGAUCUCGAGUUUGAAUAUUUCUUUCCUUGAUGUGAAAGAAAAGGUUGUUACCAUUGGAUUGAUGGAGUGUCUUAAUAUAUUGAAUGCGUCCUUAACAACAACGUCUGCUCUCUCAAUUGGCCUCCGGCACUUGAUUUCUUAA